UAGGAAGCCUUUUAACUCGUAAACAUUUUUCACUAGUGAAUAAUAUGAUUUGAAUUAGAUUCCGCAAAAAGGUAACAAUUGAUAUUCCGUAGAGUGCAUUUCAAAAACCCAUCAUCAUUCGAUAAAUCAUUUAGUGAAGCGAAACGCCGCAGACGAAUAAACGCGAAACAUUUUUUGUGAAAGAAAAGAAAAAGUUGACGACGUCACAAGAAAACAGUUCACAUAGAGAGAGAGUGUGUGUAUUCUUUGCCAUUGGCUAUACGCGAGAAUUGCAUUCAUAAUAUUGGGAGUAUACGUCCCAAUUCCAUUUACCUCUUUUGCGAAUUCUAGUUAGAUUUGAAUCAUUUCACCACGGCGUCGGUACAGGCUAAAAAAGCGAUGGAUCGUAAAGCAGAAUUGGAGCGGAAAAAAGCCAAAUUGGCGGCCAUCCGCGAAGAAAAAGAGCGUCGCCGACGUGAAAAAGAAGUAAAAGACAUGGAAGAUGCUACGAACAAAUUAGCGACGGGCCCCGAGAAAGACUCGCAUCGAAAUUUGGAUGAGAUGCUUUCAUCAUUGGGCGUUGCUCCGGUGUCAGAGGUGCUGUCAUCCCUGUCAUCAGUUAAUUCGAUGACAUCGGAUACAUCAGUGAAUGCGACACCAGAUGGAAGUUUGCAACCAGCUAGUCUCAAUGGAACGAGUUCGCGAGCAAGCAAACGAUCAACCACUAGUCUUAGUGUUGUAGCCGUUCAAGCUACCGAAAUUCCGCCAAAGGAAACAGUCACGUAUUCGAAACAAACGCAAACAGCCAACACUGGCGGUGUUGAGCGAGAUGUUCUUUCUUGCCAUUCCUCACCUUUGUCAGGAUAUAUGGAAGAUUGGUGGCGGCCACGCAAAGCUCACGCCACAGACUACUACGAUGAAUACAAUCUUAAUCCUGGUUUAGAAUGGGAAGAUGAGUUCCAAGGGGACGAUGAUGAAAAUUCGCUGCCACACAUGGAUCAUGGCUUUCAUUCAAAACUACCGCCUGGCAUCCUGCCACAUGGGCUUCCCACUGUGCAAGAGGUCGCUCCAGCCAUCACACCGCAAGAGAAAAAGAACAAAGAAGAUGAAAAGAAACCAAUUGUCGAACUAUCCGAGGAACAGAAGCAGAUGAUCAUUUUGUCGGAGAAUUUCCAGAAGUUUGUCAUGAAAACUGGACGAAUUAUGGAACGUGCUUUGUGGGAAACGGAGGAUAUCUACGCAGACUAUAUCGGUGGCAGUGAUGUUGAUGAAACAACCGAUGAGAAAUCUCACGCCAAGCUAUCUCGAAACCGUGUCUUCUAUUGUGAUCGUUGGUCGAAAAAUCGUUGCGUCACUUCGAUGGAUUGGUCAACCCAUUUCCCUGAGCUACUAUUGGCAUCAUACCACAACAACGAAGAAUCACCGAAUGAACCGGACGGCGUUGUUAUGGUUUGGAAUACGAAAUUCAAGAAGGAAACGGCUGAAGAUACGUUCCAUUGCCAGAGUGCCGUUAUGUCAGCCUGUUUUGCAAAAUUUCACCCAAACCUUAUACUAGGUGGCACAUAUUCUGGUCAAAUCGUUUUAUGGGAUAAUCGCGUUCAAAAGCGUACACCAAUCCAACGAAGCCCAUUGAAUGCAAGCGCACACACGCAUCCGGUCUAUUGUUUAGGAAUGGUCGGUACACAAAAUGCUCACAAUGUCAUCUCAAUUUCAUCCGAUGGUAAACUUUGCUCAUGGAGCUUGGAUAUGCUGUCAACUCCACAAGAAAUCCUAGAACUACAAUACAAACAAUCAAAAUCAAUUGCGAUCACAAGUAUGGCAUUCCCCAAGAAUGAAAUCAACAACUUCGUUUUGGGCAGUGAAGAUGGCAAUGUUUACUCAGGUUGCCGACACGGAACACGACCUGGAAUCAUUGAUGCAUACGAAAAGCAUUUGGGACCUGUUACUGGCAUUUCAACGCAUUACAACCAAUCGUCGCCUGAUUUUGGACAUUUGUUCUUAACGUCAUCGAUCGAUUGGACGAUCAAAUUGUGGAGCCUCAAAGAGAACAAACCACUCUAUUCGUUUGAAGACAAUUCCGAUUACGUUUGCGACGUGGCCUGGUCACCAAUUCAUCCGGCAUUGUUUGCCAGCGUUGAUGGCAAUGGCCGCUUGGAUUUGUGGAAUUUGAAUCAAGACACAGAAGUUCCAACGGCUUCGGUUGUGAUUGACGGUGCUCCAGCAUUGAAUCGUGUGUCGUGGACACCGUCCGGAUUGCAUGUUACAAUUGGUGAUGACUCAGGCAAAAUCUAUGUGUAUGAUGUUGCUGAAAAUUUGGCUACGCCACGAAUGGAUGAAUGGACCAAAUUCGCAGCCACACUCAACGAACUGAAAAUGAAUCAAGCCGAUGAUUUUGAAAGUAUUGAAAAGAAAACACCCAUUCCACAGCCGAUCAGCAGCGUUAGCGGUCCCGAGUCACUCAUAUCGACUAAGAGUUUCGUUUAGAGAGGGAAAAUGUGAAGGAGGAACAAAUCGGUUUGCAUCAAAUAUUCCUCUGCUGUACAUUUUAACUGUAGUUUAAGCCAAACACAGCUGAAAUUGUAAUGUUUGAACAUCAAGCUUUUAAUGUUUUCUUUUCUUUGAGUAUUCAAACUAUCAAUACAUGUAAUCCCGAAUGCUGCUCUAGGUAAAUAAUAAUGAUCAAUAAACUGAAUUGGCGAAAAUACUGAAUAUUUAUACUAAAAAUUAGAAAAAAUCCGUUUUGAUUUUCAAUACUUUGAUUUCUCGCACGUUUCAGUCCGUGUAAUCAAAUUUGGCAUAGUUUCGGUAAGUGUUUACGUUGAAUCAGCGAGAGAGAAUAAGACCAAAAUUCCAAAUACUAUAUUAUAUGUAAAAGUUCAAAUUUAUUUCGACGUUGGUGUUAUGUUAAUCACUUUUGGCCUCUUUCUUUGCACCUAGCGACAUCUAGUGCCGGUCUUGCAAAUCAAAUGGACUCCGAAUGCAAUGUAGUAUCCUCUAUUAGAAGGAUGUUAGUGCAUGACAGUUGAACAUAAAAACACAGCAGCUGCACAAAUCAAUAGUCCAACAGAUGCAAAAUCCACAUUAUGCAUUAGACGAGACCAAUCGCUUGGCUAGAGUUGAAUUUAUUUUUGAUUUCAUAUUUGCACAUAUUUAUUUUUUUAAAUCCAUAUCCAUAGCUUCAGUAUGUGGUAAUCUUGCGUUGAUAGGCGAGGAGUCAAAAGUGCAAAAUCGAUUUAUUAAAUCCUACAGAAAAAUUGGCGAUGUGUUCAAACGUCAUGAUGAUGAUUGCUAAUGAUAAUUUAUUAGACCAAUAUAUAGGCUAGUUUUUGGAGCAUUGCAUUAUGCAGUCUACGAAAUUGAAGGAAUGAAAAUUGUGGACAGCCUAGACUUGAUUACCGCAAAUAUAAAAAAAAAACUCGGAAAAAGGCGUAAAAAUUUGAAGUAGAUAUUUUCUUCAUUUUUCACCUUUUUUAAGCUAUACAUCAGUUUAUAAAACUUGUCAGUCGAUCAAAAAUAUGAUUUUGAAUAAAUAAAUUAAUAUGUAAUAGGAAGCUCAAUGGAAAA